AUGAAGAUCUUAAGUUGGAACUGCCGGGGGCUUGGGAACCCCCAAACAGUUCAAACCUUUCGCAUGUUUGUGAAGGAAAAGCUUCCCGACGUGGUCUUCCUUAUGGAGACCAAAAUUCCAUAUGCUAGAGCUCAUGGUAUUGCUAAAACUCUCAAUUUUAAUGGUUGCUAUGUAAGUGAGGCAGUUGGUAGAAGUGGAGGACUCAUUCUUUUGUGGAAGCAGAAAGAUUUGCUUGAAUUGGUAAUUUUCUCAAAACACCACUUUAAUGUAAUGGUGAAUGAUGCCUAUUUUAAUUUUAAGUGGCUUUUGACUUGCUUCUAUGGGCACCCGAAUUCAAACUUAAGAAAACAGGCCUGGAGCUUGCUUUCCUCUUUCAAGCCUGGUGAUGAGGGAUGGGGAGUGAUAGGUGAUUUUAAUGAGAUUCUUUUUAAUGAUGAGAAGGUGGGGGGAAAACCCAGAAAUGAAAAUCUCAUGUGCACGUUCAGAAACCUUUUAGAGGAGGGAAACCUGCUUGAUCUAGGGUGGAAAAGAAACAAGUUCACAUGGUGUAACUGUCACGAAGAUGAGUCUUUCACUAAGGAAAGACUUGAUAGAGCUAUAGCCAACCCAAGAUGGAGAUUAAACUACUCGAAGGUUUCAGUGGAAUCACUUCCAGCUAUCUGUUCUGAUCACAGCCCAAUACUACUAUCCUGUAGUUUUGAGUGGUGCUCAGCAUACAAAUAUCACUUCUCUUUUAAAUAUGAGGCCAAUUGGAACAAGAAAGAAGGAUGCAGUGAGAUAGUAUCUGAAGCAUGGCAAGGAAGUAACGGAGGAGAGACAGAUUUGAAUAGGAUUUUAAAGAAGCUGGAUAGAACAAGGAAGGGGCUUCAAAAAUGGAGUAGGCACGUGGUUAGGGACAGAAACAUAUCCAUAAAAGAAAAGACCCAGUUGUUAAGUGAUUUGCAAAGUUGA